UAAAUAAUUGAAAUUCUCAUCAUAUUUUGAAAAUUUUCUUUAGAGUUAGCAACAAAAGAUUUAUGAAAUGGAAUCCAACAAUGAACUAGGUAGUGGCAUGUUCUCUGUCAUAGGUUCUAGUUUCUUAGGAUUAGAUAAUAACAAUAAUAAUAAUAAUAAUAAUAAUAAUAAUAAUAAUAAUAAUAAUAAUAAUAAUAAUAAUAAUAAUAAUAAUAAUAAUAAUAACGCUUCACAACAACAACAAAAUCUUCAACAUAGAAACCAACCCAAAAUGGUUCAGUUUGGUUCUUCUUCUUCUUCUUCUCAUCACCAACAAAUCAAUUAUGGUAAUAAUAAUAAUAAUUCAUCCAAGAACAAACACCAACAAGGUUCUCUAAGUGAUGAAGAUGAACAAGGAUUCAAUAAUAUAGAUGUUGAUGAGAGUAAUAGUAACAAGAUGAAGAACAUUAGUAGUAGUAUCUCACCAUGGCAGAGAAUGAAAUGGACUAGUACCAUGGUUAGGCUCUUGAUAAUGGCUGUUUACUACAUUGGUGAUGAAGUUGGUGGCGGCGGCGGCGGCAGCGGCAGUGGUGGUGUAGGGGGGUUGAUUCUUCAGAACAAGAAAGGGAAGUGGAAAUCAGUGUCAAGAGCAAUGAUGGAGAAAGGUUUCUAUGUUUCACCUCAACAAUGUGAGGACAAGUUCAAUGAUCUGAACAAGAGGUACAAGAGGGUCAAUGAUGUUCUUGGAAGAGUAACAGCUUGCAAGGUUGUUGAGAAUCAAAAGUUGUUGGAAACAAUGGAUCACUUGUCACCAAAGGCCAAAGAAGAAGUGAGAAAGUUGCUGAAUUCAAAGCACCUUUUCUUUAGAGAAAUGUGUGCUUAUCAUAAUAGUUUUGGCCAUGGUGGUGAUAAUGCAUCUCAAUCUCAAUUACAACAUGAACAAGGAGAGAAAGAAAAGGAAGAAAGAUGCUUUCAUUCUUCUUCUAAGUUGAAAAUAGGGUGUGAAGAAGAGGAUCAUCAUGAUGAUAGUGGUGACGACGACGACGACGACGAAGAUUCUGAGGACUAUUUUGAUGAGGAUGAAGAUGAAUUAGGAGAAGGUGGUUCAAAGGGUCAUCAUCAUGAUCAUAAUAAGAGGCAAAAGAAAUCAUCAUCAUCAUCAUCAUAUGAAUUGAUGAAAGAAUUGAGCAAUGAGGUGAAUGGUGUUUUGGAAGAUAAGGGAAAGAGUGUUUUGGAGAAGAAGCAAUGGUUAAGGAGUAAGAUAGUGAAGUUAGAGGAGAAGCAAAUAAGCCAUGAGGGACAAGGGUUUGAGAUUGAGAAGGAAAGAAUGAAAUGGAGAAAGUAUAGUAGCAAGAAGGAGAGGGAGAUGGAGAGAGCAAAGUUUGAGAAUGAAAGGAGAAGGUUAGAGAUUGAGAGAAUGAUUUUGAUCAUUCACCAAAAGGAACUUGAAUUGCAACAUCACCAACAUCAAUAGCAUUAUUUUGUUACUUAGCUUCUUCAAAAGUUUUCAUAUUUGGGAAGUGUAAUAAACCAGUAUUGAGUUGGUUAUGAAUAUAAAAAGUUUAUGAGGUUUUCACAAGAAAACACGCCCGGUGGGACUCGAACCCACAAUCGCCUGAUUAGAAGUCAGGCGCCUUAUCCAUUAGGCCACGAGCGCUUUCUGUUUCUUUUACUUCAUAAAAAAGUUAUGUGUCUGUUUUUUACAAGUAUGAGACAUUCAAAU